AUGGUCACUCAGGGUAACCAGAAGCCGACAGCCACUCCUGACACAAUGGUCCAACCAUUCACAACAAUCCCAUUCCCACCUCCCCCACAGAAUGGGAUCCCCACAGAGUAUGGCGUACCCCACACUCAGGACUAUGCAGGCCAGACCAGUGUGCACAAUCUGACAAUCUACGGGAGUACACAGGCGCACGGAGAACAGAAAAUGAACACAGCCACCACACAGAAGGGAUCUCUUAUGCAGACAGAAGGAGGGGCACAGACGGAUGGCCAGCUGUCACAGACACAAAGCAACGAGAGUACCGAGAGCAAAUCUACUCCAAAGCGGCUGCAUGUCUCCAACAUUCCCUUCCACUUUCGGGAUCCUGAUCUCAGGCAGAUGUUUGGGCAAUUUGGCAAAAUCCUUGAUGUACAGGUAAUCUUUAAUGAACGUGGCUCCAAGGGAUUCGGGUUCGUAACUUUUGAGAAUAGUGCUGAUGCAGACAGGGCCAGGGAGAAAUUACAUGGCACUGUGUUAGAGGGCUGUAAAAUCGAGGUUAAUAAUACCACCGCCCGUGUGAUGACUAAUAAGAAGAUGGUCACACCGUAUGCAAACGGUUGGAAGCUGAGCCCUGUGGUUGGAGCAGUGUAUGGCCCUGAAUUAUAUGCAGUUCCAGGCUUCCCUUACCCAACUGCAGCCACCACAGCAGCUGCAUUCAGGGGAGCUCAUCUGAGGGGCCGAGGGCGGACAGUGUAUGGUGCAGUGAGAGCAGUACCUCCAACAGCCAUCCCAGCUUACCCAGGUGUGGUUUACCAGGAUGGAUUUUACGGUGCUGACCUCUAUGGUGGAUAUGCAGCCUACAGAUAUGCACAGCCUGCUACCGCAACAGCAGCCACUGCUGCUGCAGCCGCUGCAGCGGCUUACAGCGAUGGUUAUGGCAGGGUGUACCCAGCAGACCCUUACCACGCCCUUGCCCCUGCCGCUAGCUAUGGAGUUGGCGCUGUGGCAAGUUUAUACCGAGGUGGCUACAGCCGAUUCACCCCUUACUGA